AGCAUGGCGGCGCGGCGGAUCGGAGCCGGCUGCUGGCAGCGGGCCCUGUGGCUGAGCCGGCGGGGCCGCCUCCCGGGCGGGCGGGAGAGCUACCGGUGCUCUUCGAGCAGCACAGCUCUUGAGAAGGCUGUAGACAAUUCAGAAGUAACUCAAGAAGAAAUUGUGCUCCCUCGAAGGAAAACAUGGGAUAAGCUGGCAGUGCUCCAGACCUUGGCUUCCACUGUGAACAGGGACCCCACUGCUGCUCAUUAUAUAUUCCAAGAUGACCCUUUCCUUAUGCCAAGAAAUGCAGCAAAUUCUCGUCUGUAUUCGUUGUCAAAGGAGUCCGGGAGAAAUGCUGCAAAAUACAUCAUUCAGAACUUCCCUCAGUAUUUUGACAAGACUUUUGCAGAGCCCAAUGUACCAUGCUUGAUGCCUGAGACUCUUACACCUCAAAUUGAAGGAGUGAGUGAGGAAGCUCUGAAGGAGCGUAUCCGCCUCAGAAGGGUGAAAGAGUCUGUGGACAUGUUUGAUCAGCUUGUACAAGCAGGUACCCCUGUAUCUCUGGAGACCACAAACAGCCUUUUAGAUUUGUUAUCCUUCUAUGGAGAUGCAGAAUCUACUUCUGAAAAGGAGGAAGAAGCAAAAGAGGAUUUGGAAGAACCAGAGGUGAAUGCAUCAGAGCAGAAGGCUCCAAAGAGACAAUUCCAAAGAGGUUCACAGUCAUCUGGCCCUAGAUGGAGGGAGAACAACCAUGCUGAGAGGAUAUUUAAGAUAAUGCCAGAGAGGAAUGCACACUCCUAUUGCACAAUGAUCCGUGGGAUGGUGAAGCAUGGGGCUGCUUCUAAAGCUUAUGACAUGUACAUAGACAUGCUGAAUGAAAGGCACAAGGCUGAUGUGCACACCUUCAACGCACUGAUCAAGGCAGUCCCAUAUCUAAAGGAGAGGUUCAUAGAAAGAUGGGAAUUAGCCAAGGAAUUCCUGACUCACAUGGCCCAACAGGAAGUGCAACCAAAUCUGCUAACUUUUAAUGCUUUACUGAAGACUCUGAGAAGAUGUGGUGGUGUGGGCAGAAAUAUGUGUUUAAUGGUAUUGAAGGAAAUGGAAGCACUUGAUAUAGAGCCCAGCCUUGCGACGUACGAUCAUCUCCUCUCGAUAUUUUACAGAGGCGUUGAUCUUCCCCAAUCAGGCAUCAUCUCUGAGGUGUUAGAUGAGGUUGAAAAGAGAAGUUUCACUCCCCAGGACCCUGAUGAUGCCAACUUUUUUUCCACUGCCAUGCAAGUGUGCUGUGAUCUUAAGGAUAUCAAGCUUGCCUAUCAGUUAAAUGAGACAAUGGCAAAGGGAGACAACUGGAAAUUCUUGGAUGUGGACCGGUUAAAUGGCUACUGGUGAGUGAAGUGCAGCUUAUGUUCAGCGUCUUG